CACGUUUCCAUGCAUUGGCGCGAUUCCGCUCCGCUCUGUCCUGCGGCUUCUCCCCGGGUGCUCCUGCUCCCGUUCUUGCUGCUGCUGGUCUGAGAGACUGUGAGGCGGGCUGCGGGUGAACACACAGCGGGCAUGAGUGCAGCGGGUAGUGCACGGUCCGGCCCGGUCCAGCAGGGACUGAAGGAGGCUCUGAUCGAGACGCUGACGGCCAUCCUGUCCCCGGUUCAAGAAGUGCGCGCCGCCGCGGAGGAGCAGAUCAAAGUGCUGGAGGUGACGGAGGAGUUUGGCGUCCACCUGGCAGAACUAACGGUCGAUCGUCAGGGAGCGCUCGCGAUCCGUCAGUUGGCGUCAGUCAUCCUGAAGCAGUAUGUCGAGACUCACUGGUGUUCCCACUCAGAGAAGUUCAGGCCUCCUGAAACCACAGAUCAGGCUAAAGCCGCCAUCAGGGAGCUGCUGCCAGGUGGUCUCCGGGAGUCGAUCAGCAAAGUCCGCUCCAGUGUUGCGUACGCUGUGUCGGCCAUUGCCCACUGGGACUGGCCUGAAGCUUGGCCGCAGCUCUUCACCCUGCUGAUGGAGAUGCUCCGGGGAGAUGUCAGUGCUGUGCAUGGAGCCAUGAGGGUCCUCACAGAGUUCACUCGGGAGGUGACGGAUACACAAAUGCCACUGGUGGCUCCAGUCAUUCUGCCGGAAAUGUACAAGAUCUUCACCAUGGCCGAGGUUUACAGCAUUCGUACUCGCUCCAGAGCAGUGGAGAUAUUCACCACCUGUGCCAACCUCAUCUGUGCAAUUGAAGAGCUUGAAAAGGGUGCAGCCAAAGCCCUGAUCUUCCCCGUGGUGCAGCAGUUCACAGAAGCGUUUGUGCAGGCUCUGCAGAUGCCCGAUGGACCCUCGUCAGACAGUGGUCUUAAGAUGGAAGUCCUCAAGGCAGUGACAGCGUUGGUAAAAAACUUCCCCAAACCCAUGGUGUCGUCCAUGCAGCAGAUUUUACCCAUUGUGUGGAACACACUGACUGAAAGUGCAGCUUUUUAUGUAAGAACAGAAGUUAACUACACGGAGGAAGUGGAUGACCCAGUCGACUCAGACGGUGAAGUUCUUGGUUUUGAAAAUCUCGUGUUCAGCAUUUUUGAGUUUGUCCACACACUGCUGGAAAACAACAAGUUCAAGAGCACAGUGAAGAAAGCCCUCCCUGAACUAAUAUACUACAUCAUCCUGUACAUGCAAAUCACAGAGGAUCAGGGCAAAGUGUGGACGGCAAACCCUCAGCAGUUUGUCGAGGAUGAGGACGACGACACGUUCUCCUACUCGGUCAGGAUCUCUGCCCAAGACCUGCUGCUGGCUGUUGCUGCAGAGUUUCAGAAUGAGAGUGCAGCAGCACUGGCAGCGGCAGCGACCAGGCACCUGCAGGAGGCAGAGCAGGCCAAAAACAGUGGCAAUGAGCACUGGUGGAAGAUCCACGAGGCCUGUAUGUUGGCUCUCGGUUCCGUCAAAACCAUCAUCACAGAGAACGUGAAGAGCGGUCGUAUCCAGUUUGACAUGCACGGUUUCCUGGCCAGUGUUAUCCUUGCUGAUCUCAACCUGGCAGCGGCGUCUCCUUUCCUCCUCGGCCGGGCUCUGUGGGCAGCCAGUCGCUUCACAGCUGCCAUGUCUCCUGAGCUCAUCCAACAGUUCCUCCAGGCCACAGUCAGUGGGCUUCAUGACAGCCAGCCACCCUCUGUCCGCAUCUCUGCUGUCAGGGCCAUUUGGGGGUACUGUGAUCAGCUGAAGUUGUCCGAGAGCACACAUGUCCUUCAGCCUUUCCUGCCCAGCAUCUUAGAGGGACUGGUCCAACUAGCCGCCCAGUUCAGCUCAGAGGUGCUGACCCUCGUCAUGGAAACGCUGUGCAUCGUCUGCACUGUUGACCCGGCCUUCACCAUCAGCGCUGAGAACAAGAUCUGCCCCCUCACCAUUGCUAUUUUCCUUAAAUAUAACAACGACCCUGUGGUGGCGUCUCUGGCUCAGGACAUCUUUAAGGAACUGGCACAGAUUGAAGGUUGUCAGGGCCCCAUGCAGAUGCGUCUCAUCCCCACGCUGGUCAGCAUCAUGCAGGCCCCUUCUGACAAGAUCCCCUCCGGACUCUGUGCUACAUCCAUUGACAUCCUGACCACAGUUGUACGCAACACAAAGCCCCCUCUAUCAGAGAUGCUGGUGUGCCAGGCUUUCCCUGUGGUGGCACAGUGCACCUUACGGACCGAUGACAACACAAUCAUGCAGAACGGUGGGGAGUGUCUGCGGGCGUAUGUCUCAGUGGCCCUGGAGCAGAUUGCUCAGUGGAGGGACGAGCAGGGCAACAGUGGACUCUGGUACGUCAUGCAGGUGGUCAACCAACUGCUGGACCCCCGCACCUCAGAGUUCACGGCUGCCUUCGUAGGCAGGUUGGUAUCCACUCUGAUCUCUCAGGCAGGAACGGAGCUCGGGGAACAGUUGGACCAGAUCCUCCGAGCGAUUCUAAGCAAGAUGCAGCAAGCCGAAACACUGAGUGUCAUGCAGUCACUGAUCAUGGUGUUUGCUCACCUGGUUCACUCCCAGCUGGAUCCUCUGCUGGAGUUCCUGUGCAGUCUGCCUGGACCGACGGGGAAACCUGCCCUCGAGUUCGUCAUGACCGAGUGGAUGAGCAGACAACACCUGUUCUAUGGACAGUAUGAGGGUAAAGUCAGCACGGUGGCACUCUGUAAACUGCUGCAGCACAGCCUCAACACUGACGACAAACGUCUCCAAGACAUUGUGGUGAAAGGAGAGGAGAUCUACGGUCCUGAAGACGGCAUUCGCACAAGAUCCAAAUCUGCCAAAAACCCAGAGCGGUGGACCAACAUUCCUUUACUAGUGAAGAUCUUUAAAUUGAUCAUCAAUGAACUGUCGACAGUAGUGGAGGCCAACGCCAGCAGGGCAAACGCAGCAGACUGGAGCCAAGAUUCCAGCGGAAUGUGGGAGGAGCAGGAUGAGGUUGACGGGCAUGAUGAAGAUGAGGAGGAUGAAGGGCUGGCAGGGCAGCUGCUCUCUGAUCUCAUCGCCUCAAACAAAUAUGAUGAUGAUUAUUAUGAGGAUGAUGACGAGGACGACCCAGAUGCGUUGAAAGACCCCAUAUAUCAGAUUGAUUUACAGGCUUACCUGACAGACUUCCUGACACAGUUUGCCCAACAGCCAUGUUACAGCAUGUUCUCUGGUCACCUCAACAACGCUGAGAGACAAACCCUGCAGUCCAUAGGCCUCUAGCCCCCACUCAUCUGCCACUCCAGGACACCAUCAUCCAUCUGAAAUGCCCUGGAACUCUCUUCAGUUUCCCCAUCGCUUAUGAAUUCACAAACAAGUUUGGGAUGUCGGUCCCGGCAGACGGAGAGGACAGGGUGCGAAGAGACACAUGCACUUGCCCAUGAGUCCCUUACUUCUCCAUGCUCGUGGUGGGAUGGACUUUACAAAUGUUGAAGAGAGUUGGAUGGAGAAGUGAAAGACUGCACAGAGGGUCAGAGGACUCGCCUAUCUGGAGUAAUUUCAGAUCGAACAAGAGAGCGGAAUACAGAGUUUUAAGACUUCACAGUUGGAAAAGGGUGAAUCGGAAAAUAUGAAAGGACUCUAUUGACAUAUUGUUUGUAACUUAGCCUGUUAUUUUUGUGUUUCUGUAAAAACAAAUUUAAAUGCAACACUCCCAAGUGACUUUACACCGAUUGGUGUUUCAAAAACAAACAAAAUGCUCUUCAAUGAGGCGAGAAAUGCUGGCAGCCUUAUAUUCCAGAAAACAUUGAUAUUUCUAAAAGAAAAAUGAAAAGCUCUUCAGACCAGCUCAUCUGUCUCUUUAUGUGGAGUGUUUGGGAGUCCACACUGUUGCCAUGGUGAUUCACAGCCUUGUCAUUCUCUUGUACCCAUUGAAACUUGGGAAAAAAAGAUUUCUAAAUAAAAGUCCAGAACGGACAACACUUCCAGACUGAAAUUUAAA